CGCUAGCGCUGUUUGUGGUUGUUACGGAGGCGGCCGUAAAUCGGGAACGUGAACGCAGUCUCGGCCGGCAAAACAUCGGGCGAGCAAGAAGUCGCCCUGCUAAGUUAUCAAUAGUCGCUGUACUGACAGGUCGCAGUUUGCCUUACUCUCUUAGCUUCCCGUGUCCAGCUCACCGAUAGUUCAUCCCUAACGGAAGGUAAGCAUAUUACCACCAUGGACACUUUCCUAGCAAGGUCAGCUUCAGUGAAGCAGGAUCAAGUCCCAUUCCUAGAAUACCCCUCAUCAAAACGGGACGACUUCGACCGCCGGCAAUGUCUGAUCUACGUCAUCCCCGGUAACCCGGGGCUCAUCGCCUACUAUGAACCAUUUAUGAAGACGCUGCGGGACCUCCUCGACGAAGUGGAAGCAAAAGAAGACUGUCGCCGCGCAUUUCAUAUCUAUGGAUGCAACCUGCUGGGCUUCGAGGAUAGGGACCACGACCCCACGUUCGGCUGCACAUCAGCCGCGGGGGUCACAACCGAGCCAUUCACACUGGAGAACCAGAUCCGCUGUUGCUGCGAGCGCGUGCAAGAAGCCAACAAUUCUCUGCUGGGAAAGGGGAGAGUGUUCGACGAGGUUGUGCUCAUCGGCCAUUCCGUCGGCGCCUACAUCUCCCUCGAGAUCUUCAACCGGCACCACCACCAGUCCAGACGCGAACAGCCCAGCAAUCCAUGGGCCAAUGUGAAUCUGAAGGCGGGAAUCCUGCUCUUCCCCACCGUCUCACACAUCGCCCAGUCGAGCAGCGGGCAGAAGCUCGACCUGAUUCGUAGGACGCCCUUCCUCGACGGGGCCGCCCACCGCAUUGCCAAGGCCUUUGUGAACCUGUGGCCUCACUGGUUGCUUGCAACUGUUCUCCGACGAUGCAUGGGGUUCCCGGCGCAUGCCGCGGCGGCAACGCUGCGCUUCCUCACGAGCAGAGACGGCAUCUGGCAGGCGCUGCACAUGGGUAAGGACGAGAUGAAGACGAUUACUGAGGAGAGGUGGAGCGAGGAGAUGUGGGAGAUCCAAGAAGCGGAAGGGGAUGACAGGCUUGCGGCGAAAUUCUACUUCUACUUUGCGCAGAAAGACCAUUGGGUUGCCGAUGAGUGCCGCGAUGAGUUUAUCGAGAAGAGGCGGCAGCAUGAGAAAGGCCGGGCAAGGAUUGUGAUUGACGAGGAGAAGAUCCCGCACGCCUUCUGCAUUCACCACAGCGAGUCGGUGGCGGAAAAGGUCACGCUCUGGAUCCAGGAUAUUACAGGUCUUUAAUAUAAGC